AUGGCCGCAAGUGCAAAAGCUAUCCAAGCCUUGGGCAAGUUCGCGUCGUGCGAUAUCGGAGAUGCCCUGGUCGGUCUAGGGCUCCGUCAUGGGGGAUACCUUUCCGGCCUCAAAAUGUACAGCCCAGGGUCAAACGGCGCAGUAGCCAAGAUCUUUGGUCCGGCAUACACAGUUCGCAUGGUACCUGCUGCAGACAAGACCUCACCAACACCACCUUGUCAUUUUGCCGAUGCCAUCCCAAAGGGCAGUGUGGUGUUUGUCUCUCAGCCGAAGGGUCUGAUCAGCGCAUGCUGGGGAGGCUUGAUGAGCACACGGGCAAAGAAACUCGGAGCUGCUGGUGUUGUGAUUGACGGUCGCUUCCGUGAUAUUUCUGAGCACCAGGAACUGAAUAUGGGUCUUUUUGCUCGGGGAAUCAGCAUCCUGGGGUCGAACACUUUUACACGCUCGUCGGAGCUCAAUGUCCCUGUCCAAUAUGAGAACGUUGAGGUUGAUGAGAAGGUUACUAUUGAGCCUGGUGAUUAUAUCCUCGGUGAUCAGGAUGGCGUUGUCUCUAUUCCUGUUACCCACAUCGAGGAUUGUGUGCGUCUCUGUCAAGAGCGGUAUGAGAUCGAUCAAAAGACAUUGGAGUGUCUUGAGGCCGGUGAAGAGAUGGGUCCUACGAUCAAGAAGCUUCGGAAAUGA